UACUUUGGAAAUUCCACAUACUAUGUCACCUGAGCGACUUCAAUGAAGCUGUGCGAGAUUUUCAGGAAGAAAUUUGUCAACUUCAUCUCUUUUCACCUAUUUUGCAAUAUGCAUUAUUCAUUUAUUUAUAAUUUUUAUAAACUUGUACGGGAUUGACAGAUCACUGUUGUUUCGGAAGGUCUAAUUCAAAAUUCAAACACUGCCCCACUACAAAACAGCGAGUAAUGCGCACGCGUAUUAGUCACCUCUUCUUUCUUUCUCCGGCAGCUCUGCUUAGCUUGCUACGAGCCCAGCCCGUCGUCAUCGUCCGCAGUCCGCAGUGACUACGCAAAGGCUCUCAAUGAUGGCGUAGUUGAAGUCAGUCAUCGUCUCUCUUCACGGUAAACUAGCAAACAAAAAAAAAUACACAGAUAUAUACCUAAGACAACAAUGACGUUGCUGCCGUUUACACCCAUGAUCACUUGCCUCUGACACCUAAAGACACACUCACUCCGUCCAGAAUGUCCGGGAGCAGCGAUUCCGAGGAGUUCUUUGACGCCGAGGACGAUACCAGUAAUCGUGCACCGAGGAAAAGCAGACAUGUGGAAUCAAACACUACUAUAGAGUCCAAUGAUGAGAAGUUUUCUACGCCAACUGCAAAAUCAGAUAGUCAUGUCUUUCUUAAGCCAGCUGAUCCAAAGCCAGUCAGUGAAAGCGAAUCCAAGCUAUCGACUGAAGUGUUAGAAAAAAUUACUGGCGAUGAAUUGGACAAGAAACAAAGUGCUGAAAAAUCUGUAAUUGAGGAAGAGAAAAAAGGGACAGACAAAAUAAUAGGUAGGAGAAAAUUUCGUGAGUUGAGACAGCGUAUGCAAACAGAAGACGAUGACAUUCCUGUUAACAAUUCUCCUCCAGACAGCCAAACCUCAUCUACUGAAGGAGUCUUUCCCACACCUUCAAAAACUUCCCAUCCAUUUAGGAUAAUUGAACAUGAUACGUUAAGUCUGCAAAGUAUGACUUCCCUAGGCCGAGUAGGCCGAAUAUUAGCUGGUGCACCAGACAGUACUUUACAAGUUUUACCUCCCGGAAUCUUACAACAACAAACCCCUACUAGUGUACCAACAAACAUUUUGCCAAGAGAAGUUCAAAUGACAGCCAUACAUAGUGUUUCAAAUAAGGACGAGGACACUGCUUCUGAUAAAUUAUCCCAGUCAUCCAGUGUUAUGACCUUAUCAGGAGAUGCUCUCAGAGAACCAUCCUUGAAUGGUAAAUCUGAUCAGUCAUCUUCCUCUCAGUGUGAUAAAACUACUGUACUUCAAGAACCUGAUGUGAUUGCAAGCACUAAAUUUAAUAGUAAACCUACUGAUAUUCCAGCUAUUCCUAAUAAAAUGCCUGUGGCACCUCCUCGUCGUAAGAAAAAAACAAAAGCUCAAACACCAAACGAUUUAAUUCCAAAUAAAGAUCUUUUAUUGUCAACAUCGUCGUUACCUAGUCCAGCUAGUACCAUAGAAUCAAUAACUAGAGAAUUUGAACAUUCUCUUGAUAUUAGAUCUGCCAUAAAAGGACAAUAUGUUGUUAAGCCACAGGAUGAGGACAAAGCGAAAGCUGAAGGUCCUUCUAGAGAAGAACUUCAGAGAGUAGCAAAAAUGAAAGCCGAAUUAAUGAGUAUGAACUCAAGUGAUAAAUCUAAUAGUCCAUUAAGUUCAAUAUCAAGCAAUAGUGUUGGUCGACACUCUUUAGGAUCUCAUAACGUUACAGGUAAUGAGACACAAGGUACGAAGGAAAGACGAAAAUCGGCUGGUGAUCAAGAUUUAGUUAAACAAUUAAAUAUGUUUGUGAGAACUAGAACUGAUUCUGGUAAACGUCUUACGGACAUGGAAAUUCUGGAACAAGUGACAGUGUUGAAUUUGGAUACAGGUGAACGAGUGCCAUUGAGCAUAGCCGAGGACAAAUUGCCACAAUGCAUAAAUCCAUUGUCGUUGCACAUAAUGCGACUGACCUCGGAGUACAUAAGCAACUCGAGCCUUGAGAAGGAGAAGGAGAGUGACGAAGAGAGUGUCGACAGUAAGAUGUCGAGUAUUCCGCCGGACGAAGAUGUGACUGUCGGUCGUGUUCGCAAAAGAACGCAAAAACUCCGGAGAUUCCUUGGCUCGACUGUUCGUAAAACUAUGGACAAAGCUAAAUCUAUCGCGCAAGAAGUAUCGCACGCGAGGCAUAAAGAAGACGUCAUGGACAUCGUCGACGAGGUGUACCCGGGCGAACAGCAAUGUAUCAAGUUGAAAGCAUCGAACAGUCAUAAAGGCCCGUACGAGUUCUAUGGUCUACAACAUGUACAAGAUCUGAGUGGUGAACAUGUGGGCGCAGUAUGGUGUAUGAAAUUUUCGGCGUGUGGUCGACUAUUAGCAACUGCUGGUCAGGAUCGAGUUUUGAGGAUAUGGGUUCUACGAGAUGCUUUCCCGUAUUUUCUGGACAUGAGAACGAAGUACAAUGCGGAAAAAGUCAGCCCAACCCCGUCACAGGAGUCACUUGUUUCUCAACAGUCAAUGGAAGAUCCUCAUGCUAUGGUGAAUAUUGCUGGCGAAACAGAAGGUAGUAAAUUAGGACCGUUUAUGCCUAAGCCUUUCUGCACGUAUACUGGUCAUACUUCUGAUUUGCUUGACAUUUCGUGGUCGAAGAAUUAUUUUGUGCUUUCAUCUUCAAUGGAUAAAACGGUACGACUGUGGCAUAUCUCACGAAAAGAAUGCCUGUGUUGUUUCCAACACAUCGAUUUCGUAACGGCGAUAGCCUUUCAUCCAAAAGAUGAUCGCUACUUUUUAUCUGGCUCACUUGAUGGUAAAUUACGUCUAUGGAAUAUCCCAGAUAAAAAGGUCGCAGUGUGGAAUGAAGUCGAUGGUCAGACAAAACUUAUCACCGCGGCAAACUUCUGUCAGGAUGGCAAAUUUGCUGUGGUUGGCUCGUAUGAUGGCAGAUGUAUAUUUUAUAUUACUGAUCAGUUAAAGUAUCAUACGCAGAUCCACGUUCGCUCGACGCGCGGGAAAAAUUCCACAGGUAGAAAAAUCAGCGGUAUCGAGCCUAUGCCCGGCGAGGAAAAAAUUCUUGUCACGUCCAACGACAGUCGCAUUAGACUAUAUGAUUUACGUGACCUGAACCUCUCAUGUAAGUACAAAGGCUACGUGAACGUGAGCAGCCAAAUAAAAGCUAACUUCAGCCCAGAUGGCCAGUAUAUUGUGAGUGGAUCGGAAAACCAGUGCAUCUACAUUUGGAAAACCCAUCAUGAUUACUCUAAAUUCUCAAGCGUUCGCCGUGAUCGUAACGAUUUCUGGGAAGGUAUCAAGGCUCAUAAUGCUACAGUCACGUGUGCUGUAUUCGCACCGAAUCCCGAAAGUAUCAUAAGACAAAUCGAAGCGCGUGAGGCUCAAAUUGAAGGUAAAAAUUCGAAAAAUUCCGACAGUGCGAGUACUGAUGCGACGCCGGUUGAUCCGGUGGUCGAACAGCGAACAAAAGGCUGCGGUGGUCAUGUGCUUGUCAGCGCGGACUUUAAUGGUUGUAUCAAAGUGUUUUUGAAUAAAACGAAACCAAAGCACAGCUCAUUGCCUGCGUCGGCAUUAGCUUAAAGAGCUUUUUAUUUUUUUUAUUCGUUAUCUCUUUCUCGAUGCUCAUUAAAUUCAAUUGGUUAUUGUUUUGCGAAGUUUUCCGUUAAUUUGAAUUGUAGUGUAACUUGCAAAGAUUUUGGAUUGGGUGCUUUUUUCUAAUAAAUAAGCAGUCUUAUUAGAGAGUAGAAUAUGGAGAUUGCUUAUAUACUCGUCUAGAAGAUUUGUGAAGGUGGAAAUUUUGGCAAAUAUGUAGCGAAUUUAAAAAACAACAAUCAGCAUUAAUAAGAGAUUUUGAUGUCUUUCUUUUAGACAAGGGUACUUUUUCUGGAAGCUGCGGUAUCGAUUUGAUUAUUGCAGAGCGUCUUCAUUGAAAGUAAUCGCUACAAACUGAAGAGAAUUGUACGUGUCUUGUUGAGGAAGUAAUUGAUAUGUCAAUUAAUUUUAGUAAUAUCAUUUGAAUAUAAUAAUUGGGUGCCAUAUGGAUAUAUGAAAAUCUUGUGACUUUAUUAAACAUAGAAAAUAUUAACUUCUAUUUUAUUUAAAUUUAAAUGUAUCAAAUGAAUUUUCAAAGUUACCAGAUUUAAUUAUAGAUAAAUUAAAAAAUUAGUAGAGUAUACAUAAUAAAAGAAUACACUACACAAUACUUAGAUCGAUACCCAAUUAUUAUCAAAACGAGUAUUAAAAAUGUUUUAAAGUGUUCAAACUUUCUUUAAUAUUUUAAACAGAUUUCAAUGCAAAUUUUAAUAACUCAUUAUUGUGUGAAUUAAUUUUAUUGAUACUAAAUUAUAUAAAAAUUGCCUUUAUCUUAGAAUAUAUUUUUGAAUACUUUAAAGCAUUUUAUAAUAAGAUUGAGCCUUAUACUUCAUUGAUGUUUUUUUAUGAAAGAAUCUGGAAUAAUAUAAGUCAUCAUGCCACCUUAGGAAUCGUGAUAGAAUUUGUCCGAAACUUUUGCUGAAACAAAUUAAUGUUUGACAAAAUCAAGCGUUUUUAAACUUGAAAGAACACUUUAUCGUUGCGUGAAAUAUUUUAAUGUUAAACUUAGGGUAAUACCGAAAUGUUUGAUCUUCAAGAUUUAAAUUUUUUGGUCUUUUAAACUCCAUUUUUCGCGAUGCCAUAAUUUUAGAUGCUCUUGAAACAAAUAAGCUUCCUUAUAAAAUGCCAAAACGUUAUUUUUAUAUUAUACCUUUUUCGUAAACUUUGGAAACAUACUGAUUUUUUAAAAAAUUUUGUUUAAACGUCGCUCUGUUGAUGCUUCGUCAGUGCUAAUCAGAGACGGAGGCUUACAAUGUGUUUGAGAACAAAGCACAUAAAACUUUUUUCAGUGGUGCUUAUAUCAAUUAGCAGGGACUGGGAAUCGAACCUGGGCCUACCGUGUGCGAGUCUGUAGCCCUAUCGACCGAGCUAUUGCAGGUCCUAACGUCUUGAUUUUAUUCCCGAUUUCAUUGCUCUUCAGCUUUAAUAUUAUUUUAAGCUAUUAGAUAUUUCAAAAUCAUAAAGUAUUCUUUACAAACAAAUAAAACGUUAUUUUUUCCAUUGUAUUCCAGAAGUUUCGUAAAAACUUGAAAUUGAUAAAGGACUGAAAAUAUUUUGAAAAAUCAAUUAUUCAUGUGUGAGGAAUGCAUGAGUAUGCAAAGAAUUAUGAGGUAAAUGAUUUGUAAUUUAAUUAUAUCAGCAUUGAAUCACGGUUAUGUUAUUAUAAGUUUAUAAACAGUACUAUCACUCAUUGAAUUUUGAGAUUGCUUAUCCAGUUACUCAAUGCUACGCUUUCUGUAAGAACAAUUUUCUUAGAACAAAUUACUUUCGAUAAAAUCUUCACCUUUGCAAUGUAUGAUUAGUAGAAGCUUUCAUUAAUAUUUAUGCAAAAAGAAAGUUUCUUUUAUUAAAGGGCAACGUUGAUUUCAUAUUUAAUAUCUAUUACAAUAUUGCAAAAAUGAAGUGAAUAAAUUAAAUUAUAUAUAUAAUAUUGUAAAUAUGCAAGGAAUAAAACAAAGUAUAUAAACGCUAUCAAAAGAUUGAAUGAAUUGGGCGAAAGAGAGAGAGAGAUAGGAACGAAAACAAAACAAAAAAAUCGUUGUAGUUUGUAAGAUUGUACAUAUAUUGAUUAAAAUAUCGAAGAUAAAAAAUACAGCGAGGGUGGUUAGAGUAUGCUUUAGUGGGUUAUGAAAACAUUACCAUUUUUUUGGAUGGUUGUGUUGUGCACAAAAACAAGAAAGAGAAGAAAAACAGAAAUUAUAUUAUUUGUAAACUUGUUUGUAGAGAAGUAACGUCUGUUAAAAAACGUGUAUUAAUUGCUACGCAUAUAAAUUUUUCAGCAGCGCGCUUUUUAUUCUUAAUAACUUAUAAGUUGCCAAUAUUAAUGCGUGUUAUAUUGUUAUAACUCAUUGUAAAGAAAUCGAAUGUUUUCCUAAUUAAACAUAAUGUUAUGGGCUUUAUUAUGUUUGUUGCGCUGUAAUUAGAAGCAACGAGUUUUUUUUGACUUAUUCGUCUUUUUCAUUGAUGUAUCUAGAGACGGAUUUAUUCUAUAAAAAAAAAAAACAAAAAUAAAAAUCAAUUUUCUCUUGUGAAUCCUGUCGAGAAACCGAGUAUAUAGAAUGAAAUUCAGCUGGGUAAUCACUAUGAAUAAAAGA